AUGUCUGUCUCGCCAGUAUCAGUGACCCACACCACCAUCAAGACCUCGGUAUCACCAGGCCUGGAGUCUUUGACUAUCGUGGGGUCCCCUCGGAUACUGCUCCGGCCCCUGGGCCUUCUCCGUCUGCUGGAGCUGUCAUCUACCUGCUUGACUUUCUCCCUAGUGGCCCAUGGAGGUGCGUGGAUUGGCUCCACGGGCAACUGGUGCAUGUUCUCCUGGUGUUUCUGCUUCUUCAUGACCCUGAUGAUCCUGAGCAUGGAGUUGGGCGGAUUCCAGAGAUGUUGCCCCCUGUCGUGGCUGAAUUUCCCAAACAUCUGUGCCAGCUACGCUCUCUGCUUCUGCCUGUCAUCUUCCAUUAUCUACCCUGUCACCUAUGUGCAGUUUUUAGCUCAUGGAGAUGUCAGAGAACACGCUGUGAGUGCCACAAUCUUCUCCUGCAUCUCCUGUGUGGCUUACGCGACGGAAGUGACCUGGACUCGGGCAAGACGUGGUCAGACAACUAUCUACAUGGCCACUGUGUCCGGGAGGCUGAAGGUCUUUGAGUCUUUCAUAGCCUGUGUCAUCUUUCUCUUCAUCAGCAACCCACGCCUGUAUAACAACAAUCCUGCCCUGGAGUGGUGCGUGGCCGUGUAUGCCAUAUGCUUCAUCCUAACCAUGGUGACCAUCAUAGUGAAAGUGGGGAAUUACACUAACAUUGUGCCCUUCAACUUCGCCUCCUUCUUGACAAGUAUGGCCUUCCUGUCCGUCAUCUUCUACACUACAGCUGUUGUCCUCUGGCCCCUCUUCCAGUUCAAUGAGGUGUUCCAGGGCCAGCCCCAGAGAACAACAGACGUAACCUGUCAGUACAAGGCUCCCCACUCUGUGUGCGCCUGGGAUCGCCGGCUGGCCGUGGCAGUCAUGACUGGUGUCAACCUCCUGGCAUAUAUGAUUGAUUUUAAGUACUCUAUCUAGCUGGCGUUUGUCAAGGUCUAA